AUGACUCCUUUAAUUUACUUUGUCACUUUAGCGUUGCUAGGACAGGCUAGGUCAGAUGUAGUAGAAUUGAAUUGUAGUGAUAAUGCUACAUGUAUAGAUAAUAUGGCCAAAGAAUUAGUUAGGAGCUUGAGGCAACAGAAGUCUGUUAAGCUAUUCGAUCUUCUCACUGUAGAGCCUUUGGGCAAUAGGCAAGCCAGGUCAAGCAAAGAUCCCUUAACAAAGCUGUUAACCACCCAUGGUAUCAGCUUCGACUGGAAUGACUUCACCUUCAGAUUCUCCAAUCCCGAAGGCAGGAGUGACGCAUUGGAUUUAGAAGUAUUCGAAAGCAGAAGUGUCAAAGAUGAUCCGGAACCACUUCCGAAGAAAGCAACUGGCAAAGAUGAAGACGACGAGAAACACAAAAGACUUCAGAUAAGACCUAUCAAGAGACGAAGACAUAGGCGAAAGGUAAUGCAGGCAGUCAUCCCUCUGCUCUUCGGUAUGAAGUCCGCUGGGGUUGUGAUAUUUGGUCUCUUCAUGGUAUCAGUAAUUACCAUUAAGGCCUUCUUGGCCAGCAAGAUGGCUCUCAUGGUCACCGUGGGAAUGGCUAUGAAGAAAUUAUACGAAAGCUAUAGCACCGGCAUUGGUUUGCAGAAUCAUCCAUACCUUUACUCGCAAUAUCCGAUCGAUUUUCCAAGCGCAACUUCGCACACAUACUCAGUAGGCGGAAUCAGCCCACAAUUUGGAUCGCCAGAGUUGUACAGCCCCACAGGAUUGGGCUCACAUUCACAUACACAGGAGCUGAUACAGCAAAACGACGCGAGUGCUCAGUCGUCACAACAGGCGCCUACCGUACUUCUUAAUUCAACUCGAGCUGCGGAAAGGUGGGAUGGUAAGUCGAAACUGCUCAGAUAUCUUGAACCCGUGGUUGACAAAAUAAGGAGUUUCGUCGAUCCAAUUGCCAGUGUAUUUUACGACGCCAUGCCAGCAACAUUCAGAGGACUCAAUUCUGCUGUUUCUACAGCUAAGAGUGUAGAACCAGAAGUUGAAGAAAAAGCAAAAUCGCCGAGAGAAUUUCUUAUCCCACAACCACGACAUAUUGCGCAAAGAAAAAUAUCACAUAGAAAACCAGGUACCGGAGACGUCCAAUGUUUUAUGGAACCUCGCGCGCUACUUCAGAUUCCUAUUCGGCCUACCAGAGACGCCGCUGAGCGCUCCAUCAAUGCCCAUGCCUAUGUAUAG